AUGUUUUCUGAAGGACACGCCUUGGGACCAACACCAACAACAGCUAUGCAAUGGAGCUACCUACAGCCUAUUCCGAUCAAUCUUUUACCCCCAGGAACAAUCCCGAUACCUGUUCAGGAUCUCAGCAAGUCGCUUGCGGAAGGCACACCAAUCUGCCCGGUGACGAUAGCAGAACAGUUUGCACAGAUGUCUGUCGCGAACGCAACGUGGGGUGCGGUGGCCCCCGCAACUGUUCCAAUGGCUAUCCCUAUUGCAAAUCCUGCCGCUUUUCAAAGCGCUCCCGUUGAUCCAAGCCAAGAGCCACAUGAAGCAAAUGCGCCCGCUGUUCCUCCCAUGGCUGCUCAAGAAGGUUACGAGAGUAGCGCUAGCUCUAGCGGAGUAGUUUCACGUCGUAGUGCUGUCACCGACAGGUGCUAUACUGCUCGUGAACGCUCGUCAAGUUCAGCGACAGACUACGAUGAACAGAUCGCUGAAAGGAAACGAAUGGAAGCAGAAGAUGCUGAAAGAGAGCGAUACGAUGAAGAAAGGGUCAGACGUGAAAAAGAGACGAAAGCCCGAAGAGAGGCAGACGAAGAGCGGAAGCACAAGGAGGAGGAGCGGUUGAAAGAGCAAGAUAAGGAGCGCAUCAGAAAAACACUAGAAGAGGCUUUGGAGCGCGCAAAGCGCGAAGCGGAGAUCACUAGAAAGGCUCGCGUUUUCAAGCACGUACUUGAAGGAGCCGAUAAGAGUCCGGAGUUGGAAAGACGUCUACUCGGCGUCGAUCCGGAGACUGGAGAUAGGAUUUUGCACGAGGUAUUUUCAUACAUUUUAUUAAAGUUGGUCUUCAAAUGA